AAAACUUCUCCCUCUUCAGCUCUUCCCGCGUCUCUUCUCUCUCACUCUCUCUCCCUCCUUCCUUCGUCAUCGUCUUCGUCUCGCGCGAGCCUCUGGCGAAGCAGCUGCAACAACCUUCCCUGACAGCUCAAAACAAAGGACGGGGAAAGUAGCCAGAGUAGGUUCCACUCGGGCAGUGGAACCAAUGGCAAGCCACGAGUCAGGCCCUCAAGGGCUCUCUCGGCGGCCAUCUCGGAGCGCUGCCACCACCAUAUUCUCCACCGAGGUGUUCGACAAUGAGGUUGUUCCAUCCUCACUCUCCAUCAUCUCUCCCAUCCUUCGAGCAGCCAAGGAGAUCGAGCAUGAGCGACCUCGCGUCGCCUACCUCUGCCGGUUCUAUGCCUUCGAGAAAGCGCAUAGGUUGGACCCAAAUUCCACAGGACGUGGUGUAAGGCAGUUCAAGACAGGUCUCCUACAGCGGUUAGAGAGGGACAAUGCGUCCAGUCUGGCAUCUCGGGUGAAGAAGACUGAUGCACAUGAAUUUGAGAGCUUUUAUUAUCAAUACUAUGAAAAUUAUGUGCAAGCAUUGGACCAGGGGGAGCAGGCUGACAGAGCUCAACUUGGCAAGGCCUAUCAGACAGCAGGAGUGCUCUUUGAAGUUCUUUGUGCUGUUAAUAAGUCUGAGAAAGUAGAAGAAGUUGCCCCAGAGAUUAUCGCCGCAGCUAGAGAUGUCCAGGAGAAGAAAGAAAAAUACGCACCUUAUAAUAUCUUACCCCUGGAUUCUGCUGGGGGAUCCCAAGCUAUUAUGCAACUUGAAGAGGUAAAGGCUGCUGUAGCUGCUCUGAGCAAUAUACGCGGCCUUAGUUGGCCCACUGGGUUUGAGCAACAGAGGCAGAGAGCCGGAAAUUUAGAUCUUCUUGAUUGGUUAAGGGCAAUGUUUGGGUUCCAGAGAGACAACGUCAGGAACCAGAGGGAGCAUUUGAUCAUGUUUAUAGCUAACGUUCAUAUAAGGCUCCGUCCCAAGCCUGAACCUCUGAACAAGCUUGAUGAGCGAGCCGUAGAUGCCGUGAUGAACAAGCUCUUUAAGAAUUACAAAAAUUGGUGCAAGUUUUUGGGAAGAAAACAUAGCUUGAGACUCCCACAGAGCCAACCAGAAGUUCAGCAAAGGAAGUUGCUUUACAUGGGUCUAUAUUUAUUAAUAUGGGGUGAAGCAGCCAACGUUCGCUUCAUGCCGGAGUGCCUUUGCUACAUUUUCCAUAAUAUGGCGUAUGAACUUCAUGGGCUGUUGGCUGGGAAUGUCAGCAUUGUCACUGGAGAAAACAUCAAGCCUUCUUAUGGAGGGGACGACGAGGCUUUCCUUCGAAAGGUCAUAACCCCUCUGUAUCGUGUCAUAGAAAAGGAAGCCAAGAAGAGCAAAAAUGGAAAAGCUCCAUAUUCAGCUUGGUGCAACUAUGAUGAUCUAAAUGAAUACUUCUGGUCUGCUGAUUGUUUUUCUCUUGGUUGGCCGAUGCGGGAUGAUGGCGAUUUCUUCAAGUCAACACGUGACUUGAUCCAGGGAAGAAAGCCUUCAAACAGAAAAGGUGGAAGCACUGGGAAAUCAAACUUUGUGGAAACCCGCACAUUUUGGCACAUUUUUCGAAGUUUUGAUCGUCUGUGGACGUUCUACAUUUUGGCUUUACAGGCAAUGAUCAUCAUUGCAUGGAGUGGAGUAACACCAAUGGAGAUCUUCCAGAAAGAAAUCCUGUAUAAGAUCUCUAGUAUUUUCAUGACGGCAGCAUUUCUUCGAUUUGUUCAGGGUGUAUUGGACCUUGUUUUGAACUUCCCCGGCUAUCAUAGAUGGAGGUUCAGCAAUGUUUCAAGAAACGUCCUGAAAAUUUUGGUUAGUCUAGCAUGGACCGUCAUCCUUCCUCUCUGCUAUGUGCAGUCAACCACAGUGGCCCCUGCUGAAAUAAGGAAUUUGCUCUCAUUCCUUCCUCAAAUGAAAGGAAUUCCUCCUCUGUAUAUCAUGGCUGUAGGCAUAUAUUUGCUUCCAAACUUACUUGCAGCUGUAUUGUUUAUUUUCCCAAUGCUCCGGCGCUGGAUUGAAAGCUCAGACUGGCAUAUUGUCAGAUUUCUGCUAUGGUGGUCACAGCCAAGAAUUUAUGUUGGUCGGGGGAUGCAUGAGAGUCAGUUUGCCCUCCUUAAGUACACCUUCUUUUGGGCACUCCUUUUAUGUUCCAAGUUCGCUUUUAGUUACUUUGUACAGAUUAAGCCUUUGGUGAAGCCCACAAAGGACAUAAUGAACAUUACUCGCAUCAAGUAUGAAUGGCAUGAGUUUUUCCCUAAUGCUAAACACAAUUAUGGAGCAGUUGUAGCACUCUGGGCACCAGUAAUCAUGGUUUAUUUUAUGGACACACAAAUAUGGUAUUCCAUUUUCUCAACUUUGUAUGGUGGCAUCAUUGGGGCUUUCGACCGCUUAGGAGAGAUACGCACAUUGGGCAUGCUAAGAUCUCGUUUCCAGUCUCUACCUGGUGCUUUCAACACAUAUUUGGUACCCUCAAACAAGUCACGGAAAAGAGGGUUCUCUUUCUCAAAACGUUUUGCAGAGGUUCCAGCUAGCCGGAGAAGUGAAGCUGCAAAAUUUGCUCAGUUAUGGAAUGAAGUAAUAUGUAGUUUCCGGGAAGAAGAUCUUAUAAGUGACAGGGAGAUGGAUCUGCUGCUAGUUCCUUAUACAUCUGAUCCUAGCCUGAAGAUAAUUCAGUGGCCCCCAUUUUUGCUUGCUAGCAAGAUACCAAUAGCAUUGGAUAUGGCUGCUCAAUUUCGAUCUAAGGACUCUGAUCUUUGGAAGCGUAUCUGCGCAGAUGAAUACAUGAAAUGUGCAGUGAUUGAAUGCUACGAAUCUUUUAAACUUGUUCUCAAUGUUUUAGUGAAUGGGGAGACUGAAAAGAGGAUUGUGGGUGUAAUCAUUAAAGAAGUCGAGAGUAACAUUUCGAAGAAUACACUCCUUCAGAAUUUCAGAAUGGGUCCUUUACCAACUCUUUGUGAGAAAUUUGUGGAGCUUGUCGGAAUCUUGAAAGAUGCUGAUCCAGAAAAACAAGGUAGAGUGGUGUUGCUUCUGCAAGACAUGUUAGAAGUAGUUACACGUGAUAUGAUGGUGAAUGAGAGCAGGGAACUAGUGGAGAUCGGGCAUAGCAGCAAAGAUACUGGCAGACAACUUUUUGCUGGUACUGAUCCGAAACCUGCCAUAGCGUUCCCUCCUGUGGUAACAGCACAAUGGGAAGAACAGAUAAGGCGCCUCUAUCUCCUGUUAACGGUGAAGGAGACCGCCAGUGAUGUACCCACAAACCUUGAAGCUCGUCGAAGGAUGACUUUCUUUGCCAAUUCGCUCUUCAUGGAUAUGCCACGUCCUCCUCGUGUCCAUAAAAUGCUCUCGUUCAGCGUCAUGACUCCAUACUAUAGUGAGGAAACUGUCUAUUCCAGAGCUGAUCUUGAGCAGGAGAAUGAAGAUGGUGUGUCCAUCAUAUUUUAUUUACGGAAGAUCUUUCCAGAUGAGUGGGAUAACUUCAAGGAGCGGCUCAACUGUCAUCAAGACAGCGAGGUCUUUGAAAAUGAAGAGAAUAUACUGCAACUUCGCCACUGGGUCUCUUUAAGAGGACAAACGCUCUUGAGAACUGUUAGAGGGAUGAUGUAUUACUCGAGAGCAUUGAAGCUUCAGGCUUUUCUUGACAUGGCUGAUGAGGAAGAGAUACUGCAGGGCUACAAAGCCAUGACAAUUCCAUCAGAAGAAGACAAGAAAGCUAGAUCUCUGUCCGCUCAAUCAGAGGCAAUGGCUGACAUGAAGUUCACAUAUGUUGCUACCUGUCAGAACUACGGAAAUCAGAAGCGGAGUGGAGAUCGUCGAGCUACGGACAUACUUAAUUUGAUGGUUAAUAAUCCGGCAUUGCGCGUAGCUUAUAUUGACGAAGUUGAAGAACGCGAUGGUGGAAAGGUACAGAAGGUGUAUUAUUCUGUAUUGGUCAAAGCAUUGGACAAUCUAGACCAGGAAAUAUAUCGCAUAAAACUACCGGGUUCAGCUAAAAUAGGAGAAGGCAAGCCUGAGAAUCAGAACCAUGCCAUAAUUUUUACUCGAGGGGAAGCUCUUCAAACUAUUGAUAUGAACCAGGAUAAUUAUCUGGAAGAAGCUUUUAAGAUGCGUAAUCUGUUGGAAGAAUUUAAUGAGGAUCACGGAGUACGUCCACCUACGAUAUUAGGUGUCCGUGAGCAUAUCUUUACUGGAAGUGUUUCUUCUUUGGCAUGGUUUAUGUCAAAUCAAGAAACCAGCUUUGUCACCAUCGGUCAAAGAGUUCUCGCAAGGCCUUUGAAGGUCCGUUUCCACUAUGGACAUCCAGAUGUAUUCGACAGAAUCUUUCACAUUACACGGGGUGGUAUAAGCAAAGCUUCCCGUGGCAUCAAUCUCAGCGAGGAUAUUUUUGCUGGAUUCAAUUCAACACUUAGACGAGGGAAUGUCACUCAUCAUGAAUACAUACAAGUUGGCAAGGGUCGAGAUGUGGGACUCAAUCAAAUAUCACUCUUUGAAGCAAAGGUAGCUUGUGGUAAUGGGGAGCAGACUCUUAGCAGGGAUAUCUAUCGGUUGGGACACCGGUUUGACUUCUUCCGCAUGUUGUCUUCCUACUUUACAACUGUGGGCUUUUAUGUCAGUGCCAUGAUGGUUGUACUUGUUGUCUAUCUUUUCUUAUAUGGCAAGCUCUACCUGUCGCUGAGUGGAUUGGAGCAGUCAAUAUUUAAGAUUGCCCGUGCUAGGGGAAAUGACCCUCUGAAGAAUGCCAUGGCUUCACAGUCUGUUGUUCAACUUGGGUUGUUAAUGGCCUUACCCAUGGCAAUGGAAAUUGGACUGGAAAGAGGUUUCAGAAGUGCAUUAGGCGACAUCAUAAUUAUGCAGCUACAGCUGGCAGCAGUCUUCUUUACUUUCUCACUUGGUACGAAGGCCCAUUACUUUGGACGCACUAUUUUGCAUGGAGGGGCCAAGUACAGGGCAACUGGCCGUGGGUUUGUGGUUCGGCAUGAGAAGUUUGCAGAGAACUACAGGAUGUAUUCAAGGAGUCAUUUUGUGAAAGGGCUGGAGAUCAUGAUCUUACUAAUAGUGUAUCAGAUCUAUGGUUCAACCUUCAAUGAUUCAACUGUUUAUUUGCUCCUCACAGUCUCCAUGUGGUUCUUGGUGGUUUCCUGGUUGUUUGCUCCUUUCCUUUUCAAUCCUUCAGGGUUCGAAUGGCAGAAGAUAGUGGAUGACUGGGAUGACUGGACAAAAUGGAUCGGCAAUUGCGGCGGCAUUGGUGUGCCUGCAAAUAAGAGUUGGGAGUCCUGGUGGGAUGAAGAACAGGAACAUCUACAGAGCACCGGGUUUUUGGGAAGAUUUUGGGAGAUUGUUCUCUCUCUUCGUUUUUUCCUAUACCAAUAUGGGAUCGUUUAUCACCUACACGUCGCCCAAGAUAACAAGAGCAUCAUGGUUUAUGGAUUAUCAUGGCUAGUAAUCGUUGCUGUUAUGAUCAUCUUAAAGAUUGUAUCUAUGGGUAGAAAGAAGUUCAGUGCUGAUUUCCAGUUGAUGUUCAGACUCCUCAAGCUGUUCCUGUUCAUUGGGUUCAUAGUCACUCUGGGCAUGCUCUUCGCGUUCCUUAGUCUCACAGUUGGAGACAUCUUCGCCAGCUUACUGGCCUUCAUGCCGACGGGGUGGGCCCUGCUGCAGAUAUCACAAGCAUGCAGACCACUGGUUAAGGGUCUCGGAAUGUGGGGGUCCGUGAAAGCACUCGCGAGAGGGUUCGAGUACAUGAUGGGACUGGUUAUCUUCACGCCGGUGGCCAUGCUGGCGUGGUUCCCAUUCGUCUCGGAGUUCCAGACCAGGCUGUUGUUCAACCAGGCCUUCAGUCGAGGACUUCAGAUCCAACGUAUUCUGGCCGGUGGAAAGAAGAACAAGUAAAGCUUAACCAUCGCGGCGUCAUCGAAGUAGGCCAAAGAAGAAAACCCGGUAUCUGGAGGAAGAAGUCGGACCAACCUUACGGCUAAUCUAGCUAUAUCGCCUGCUUUCACUGAUUAGGAAGUACACUGGAAGUGUAUGUCUAUACACCUCCUCCUGUAUACUAAUCACUUUGUAUCAUAUGAAGACGUAGAAAAGACGGUGUGUUGAUUCGUUAUUCAUUCUUUCAUUUGUAUAUCCUCUUAGAGGAACGUCCCCCACACACUCUGAAAGUGAAGCUUUUAGCUUCCAUCGCUUUGUUCUCCUCGUUCUCCUACUAAAUCAUAUA